CGAGCAGGGGUAGUGUACCGGAUAGUUCUCUGCAAGAAGCCUCAAAGGAAAAAGAUUACCUAUGUCAUCCUUGAUCAGAAAGGUGAUCAGCACCACGAAAGCCCCAGGGGCCAUUGGUCCCUACAGUCAAGCUGUGUUAGUCGACAGGACCAUUUACAUUUCAGGCCAGAUAGGCAUGGACCCUUCAAGUGGACAACUUGUGCCAGGAGGGGUAACAGAGGAAGCUAAACAAGCUCUUAAAAACACGGGUGAAAUUCUGAAAGCUGCAGGCUGUGACUUCACUAAUGUGGUAAAAACAAUUGUUUUGCUGGCUGACAUAAAUGACUUCGGUACUGUAAAUGAAACCUACACACAGUGUUUCAAGAGUAAUUUUCCUGCAAGAGCUGCUUACCAGGUUGCUGCUUUGCCUAAAGGAGGCCACAUUGAGAUAGAAGCAGUAGCUGUCCAAGCCGCUCUGACAACAGCAUCACUCUAA